AAAAAAAAAAAAAAAAAGGAAAACGAAAGAAAGAAAGUUGCCUAUUUUACAGUAACCUGGCGAGCUAUCUGUGCUUUUGAGUUUAAAAUGACGGUUAACGUGGUUGUUACCAACAACGUUCCACCCGUCAACCAUGUGCUGGGUUCCGCAACGGCCAUGCGCCCCGUCAGCUCGCCCGCCGGAACCCGUCCUGGUGACGAGCCGCAGCAUCUCGGCCCGAUACGCCGAUGAGGAACUAUGCUCAUUAUAUGGGCUUAUUAUGUGACUCGACAUAUUGACUCGAUGUACUGUUGAGCGUUCUUUCUUUCUUUCUUUCUUUCUUUCUUCCUUCCCUUUUUUUCUUUGUUUGGUGAUAUCACACUGUCCGCUGCACAUCUGUUGAAGAUUUCUCCUUCCGCAACCUCAGCACCAUGGCAGCCAACGGCACAAUCGUUUCGGAGAUGGUCUCCUGGAUCAAGAGCCAGAAGCUAGUUGCUCCCCGUAUGAAAGAUGCCCCCACAUUUUAUCGAAAUCUCGAGGAGGCUUUAGAUCUUCGACGGUCGACCCAAUCUUUGAUGACCCGCGGACAAAGCACAUGGAAAACAGGAGAUGCGAUUGACUUCUGCUCCAACGACCUUCUCUCUCUCGGCCUCACAGGAGCACUACGAAGGGAGUUCUUAGCAGAACUAGCCAGACAUCCGGACUUCUCGCUGCAUUCGGGGGGGUCCCGCGUUAUGGGCGGCAACUACGACUAUAUCGAGGAGGUGGAGCAGGAGAUCGCCGACUUCCUUGGCUCCGAAACGGCGCUCAUGUUUAACUCCGGGUCCAAUGGGAAUAUUGCUAUUUACACAUCUAUUCCACGGCCCGGGGAUGCCAUUGUAUACGAUGAGCUGGUUCACUUCAGCACGCACACAGGUAUGGCCGCCUCGUUGGCCACAACCAAAGUUGCCUUCCGCCAUAAUGACCUCGACGCCUUUCGAGAGGUUAUGUCCUCCACCAUGGACUCCCAACCCAUGCUUCAGGACGGGUCACGCUCGAUCCUUGUCUCGGUAGAGUCAGUGUACAGCAUGGAUGGAGACAUUUGCCCUCUGGUGGAGAUGCUGGAAAUUGCUCGAGAGAUAUGUCCCAAGGGGAACUUUGCUUUCAUUGCUGACGAGGCCCACGCCACUGGGGUCGUAGGCCCUAAGGGCGUCGGUCUCGUCAAGCUGCUAGGUCUGGAAAAUGAUGUUGCAAUUCGACUGAAUACCUGUGGCAAGGCCUUAGCCUGUACUGGAUCUGUGGUUCUUGGAAACGCAACGGUCCGAAAUAUGAUGCUGAACUAUGCUGGGUCAUUGGUGAACACCACAGCCCCAUCCUUCCCAUCAGUUGCAGUGAUUCGCGCAGCCUAUAAUCUAAUGAGAACUGGUGCCACGCAGAAGGCCCAAGACAAUAUACAACAUCUCGUUAAAUACUUCUUCAAAUCCAUCACCUCCAGCGAGAUCUGGGAAAAGGCGAGUGAUAUGGGUAUCUUGUCUAUCCCUGUGGCCGAGGACUAUGAGUCGCUAGAUUUUGUGACGCAUAUUGUACCAAUAUGGACCCGACAAAAGUAUAAUUGGUGGCUCUUCUUUCACCUGCAACUGGCGAAAAUCGCUGUCGUUCCUAUUGACUAUCCUCAGGUUCCCAAAGGCAAGUCUCGAGUCAGGGUCAUGAUUCAUGCUGAAAAUACGGAGAAAGAGGUGGACUACCUGGUGGCCACACUUUGUGACUUUGUCAAUGAGAUGAUCGAUAUCGAGGAGGGUAGCGAAAAGGGCAAGAUCCCAAAGGCUGCGCAAGAAGUCUACGCGUUGAUGGCCGCAAACGCAUGAAUUCUGUCUCAUCUGCUUGCAAAAAUCUCUCAGCUUAUAAGGAUAGAAAAUAAGGAGCUAUCUACUCGCUUUCCUUAGUGAAAUGCAACUAACCAUCGAAUGACUUG